UUCUCCAUUUUGGUCAGGCUGGUCUCGAACUCCCGACCUCAGGUGAUCUGCCUGCCUUGACCUCCCAAAGUGCUGGGAUUACAGGCGUGAGCCACUGCACCUGGCCUCAUGAUCUUUCUUUUACUGCUCAUGGAGAGAGUUGGAUUCACCCAACUGUUUUUCGUUCCAUGACCACUCCUAGACCAGAGGAGGAGGAAGGGUAUCGACAGAUGUUUCCACUAAGACUUACUGCAGAAGUAGACAGUGGGUCCUCAAAGGAAAUAGAGUUACUGUCACAGAAGAGGGAAGAGGUACCAUGUGAGCAAAAACAACGGAUAUAUGUAGUCAAUAAUGGAAAUGAAAAAAAACAUUUGGCUUCAGGAGUCCUCUUCCCCUCAGCCUUCACUUGCAGAUGGGUUCCUUGGAUAUCACCCAGAGUAUUGAAGACGACCCACUUCUGGAUGCCCAGCUUCUCCCACAUCACUCAUUACAAGCUCACUUUAGACCCCGAUUCCAUCCUCUUCCUACGGUCAUCAUAGUGAAUCUUCUGUGGUUUAUUCAUCUUGUGUUUGUUAUUUUAGCAUUUUUAACAGGUGUGCUUUGUUCUUAUCCUAAUCCAAAUGAGGACAAGUGCCCAGGAAAUUACACAAACCCACUGAAAGUUCAGACGGUUAUAAUCCUUGGGAAAGUUAUUUUGUGGAUUCUCCAUUUACUGCUUGAAUGCUACAUCCAGUAUCACCACAGCAAAAUCAGAAACCGAGGCUAUAACUUGAUCUACCGAUCGACAAGGCAUCUCAAGAGACUUGCGUUAAUGAUACACUCCUCUGGCAACACAGUGCUUCUCCUCAUACUGUGCAUGCAGCACUCCUUCCCAGAGCCCGGCAGAUUGUAUCUUGACCUCAUUCUGGCCAUCUUGGCCCUGGAACUCGUCUGUUCCCUGAUAUGUCUCCUCAUUUACACAGUGAAAAUCCAGAGAUUUAAUAAAGCUAAACCAGAGCCUGAUAUACUUGAGGAAGAAAAAAUCUAUGCUUACCCCAGCAAUAUUACCUCGGAGACUGGAUUCAGGACUAUUUCAGGCCUAGAAGAAAUUGUUGAAAAGCAAGGAGACACCAUUGAAUACCUGAAGCGACACAAUGCGCUGCUGAGUAAGCGGUUGUUGGCUCUCACUUCCUCAGACCUGGACGGUCAGCCAAGUAGAACGUGAGAGGCUCGCGGUCAUGACAGCAAUUGCAGAGGAACCCAGAGUCGUUCAGACUGCCUGACCACCUGACAGGCUGCCACAGGGAACUGCAGUUUACAGUGUUUGCUGGAAACCUGAAUUUGGUUCUGACUUCUGUGGCUAUUUAAAAUAUAGCCACAGAAGUGACCUAGGGCUUGUAGGUCACUUGAAAAGUACCUGUAGAAGCCCAGGUAACUUGAGGGGAAUGUCUGUUUUGUACUUUUGGAAAUUAUUUAACUGUUUGGUUUAUCCUAGAAUCAGAGGCUAAACAACUCCAUAGUCAACACUUUUCCACUUGACAUUAGAACCCUGUAAUGAUUUCAUUAUGGAUCAGGGAAGUCUAACAAGACAAUCGAUUUUAAAGAGGGUUUUAAUCAAAUAAGUUCUUCCCACUUUUAAGCUGAUGAAAGAAGUCAUUAUUUCUUGUGAAUGUUUUUCCCUGGAGAGCCUUAUCAUGUAUUUUAUAUGCUUAUGUGGUAUUGGAUGACAUCAUAGGCCAUGUAGCUUUUAUAGAGAAUUUUCUCACCAUGGGACUGAGGUCUCACCUGAUGAUCUACUAUGCAAACUCCUACAGUUUUCUAUUCCUAAGAAAUAAGGGCCGGGCACGGCAGAUCAUGAGGUCAGGAGAUUGAGACCAUCCUGGCUAACACGGUGAAACCCCGUCUCUACUAAAAA